UGAACAUUUCCUUUUCAGUUCUUCGAUCGAAAUAUUUAACAAAUCGCCUCAAAAGAAGGGGAAAGAAUAGUCUAAUACUAUUAUAAGAGAACUUUUAGACUCUCUACAACAACAAUCGAAAUGGAUGUUGAAGAGAAGACCUACGGUGGCUGUGAGGGGCCAGAUGCUAUGUAUGUAAAGCUGAUUUCUUCUGAUGGCCAUGAGUUCAUCGUGAAGAGAGAACAUGCCCUGACAUCCGGCACAAUCAAAGCUAUGCUGAGCGGCCCUGGGCAGUUUGCCGAAAAUGAAACGAAUGAAGUCAAUUUCAGAGAGAUUCCAUCUCACGUCCUCUCCAAAGUGUGCAUGUAUUUCACAUACAAAGUUCGCUAUACCAACAGCUCUACAGAAAUACCAGAGUUCCCUAUUGCUCCAGAGAUAGCCUUGGAGCUUCUCAUGGCUGCAAAUUUCUUAGAUUGUUGAAGGUGCAUAGUAAUACUAACACUUGCACACACACACAUACACACAAAAGACAUACUCACAACCAUGCAUGUUCUUAGUUAUUAAAUGAUGAACAUUGAAACAUCUAGUAUCUAUUUAUUUUAUUUUUAUAAUACCUAACGCCUUGAAUUUUGCCAAAAGAAUAAACAGAUGGUGUUUUUUUGAGGGUAGGCAGUGAGGUAUUUUUCGUUGUUUUCCCUUUUUUGUUUCUCCUUUUUAAAAAAAAAAAAAUAUCUUGGUAUUGAGCAGGACUAUGAAUUGACAAUGUGUUUUGCCUGAGUAUUAGCUGUUCACACGAGUGUUGCAAAUUGAAAAGGUUUAUUAAUCAAGCUUGUGUUCUGCAGAGGUCGUGUAUUUAACAAUGUGUCCAGAAAUAAAAGAAUCUGACCCAC